CUGCGGAGUCAGCUCGUAACACCCUCUGCUCCGUGGAAGAAGUAGGUGGGAUCCGUGCCUUGUCGCACUCCCCUUUCCCUCCCCCCGCACCCACAGCCGCUGACACCCUGUGAAAUGAAGCUUAAAGACGAGCUCAUGAAAGACUCCUUUGUGCUGGGGUUUGACUUACUCCGCGAGGAAGAGGAGUGAAAAGAAAGACGCGGAUGAUAUAAGGAGGCAGCGAAGGUGGACGCGUUAUGGCUAAGGGUUAUAUUGCGGCCUGCGGGCUGGCGAGUGUUGCCUCAUCAUGCUCUCUGUAAUUCCUCCCCGCAUCACCACCACCCGAGGGACACCAGUCAUGGCUACACCCCACACCACACAGCAAAGCAUCAAGCACCCAGGGGAGACAAUCCUGUGCAAAUAGCAUGAACUGGGGAGAAAAUACGGUGAUGGCAACUGAAGAAACGUUGUUGUGAGAGCGCCUGCGUGUGAGAGGCCCCGUCAGUCUCUCACCAACCCUGCCUGUGUGUUUCGUGGUGGUGUGUGCUGCGUGGUGUGGUGGUGUGUCCCUUGGUGCUGGUGUGCCAAGGACUCUCCCACGCCCCUGUUGGAGACCCGGUGGUGUAGGGGCAGGCUGUGAAGGAAGGGUAGAGGAAACAGGUGGUGGUGUGGUGCGGUGAGGAACUGAGAGAGGCAUUGAGGUGUAGGCAGUGGUAGGCAGGGCGGUCCAUUUUUGUGGUGGGGAAGAGAAGGGCUAACUCCCUUCCAUCCUCCUCAUACUACAACGCCUCCUGAAGGAUUCCCGGCCUCCUAAAGGGGACAUCUCGCUUCCUAUGACUGCCGGAGCAAGACAAGACGUGGAAGAGAUAUUAUUACUGCUUGCUGGAAGCGUUUCGGCGCUGCACACGGUCGCCAUGGUGCCCCGGGUAGCGAGUGACCCCCGCCACGCCCCGCCCCGGCCCCCUCCACCCCGACUCUGAACCACUCAAACCCCAAGGUUCCGUGAUGUCGAUGGGGUGGGGCGGCAUGGUGGUGGGCGGCGCGUGGUGGGCGGCAGGCGGGGGCGGCAAGAGCGCCGUGCAGCUGCUGCAGGAGAGCAAGUCCCGCUACGUGAAGAGUGACCAUGUGCUGGGCAGCAGCCAGACCCCCGCGCGCCCUGACCGCCUCCACAUCUCCUCCAAUCCUAACAUUUUCCUGAGUGCGCCGUGCCACACGCUGCACGUGUCCCGCCCCUCGCCCUCCCCUGCGCCGGAGCGCCGCGCCGCCCUCGCCGACAACAACAACGUGGUCAACCUGCGCGACCACCCCAGCCUGGCUGGUCUGUCCCCGCCGCGCCCCAGCCAGAUGGCCGGGCCCGCCUCGCUGGGGGCGCCACCCCCUCUGCCGGCUCGCUCCCCACGUGCGGCCCCGCGGCCCAGGGCCAGGGGCCAGGGCACGGGUGAGGGCUAUGGUGGCCGGGCUGGCGGGGACCUGCGGCGGUCGCUGUCCCAUGGGCCCGGUGACCGCGGCGACAACGUACAGAUGAAGCUGCGGCGUCUGCUGAACACUGACUCGCAGGAGAACCUAGCGGGGGCCGCAGCGGGGGGUGAGGAACCCGCCAAGAAGCCCCCGCCGCCAGCCCCCCGCCGCGGGGUGCGCAUCUCCCUGCCAGGCACUUAUCGCGCCGAGCCCGCCACCGUCACUGCCCACAAGUCCCUGCCGGAUCUGAGCCGCGCCUCGUCUCCCGCGGGGGAAACGGACUCGGAGUGUGGCACGGGGGGCCGCCGCCCCUCCUGCCCCGGGGCGCUGCCCUCCAUCAGCCCAGCCCCACCUGAGCCUCCGCCACGUCCACCCCGCAUGUUCCGGGAUCCCCCGCCCCCUCCCCUGCGGGCCCUGGACAAGCCCCCCGCUCGGCCCCCUCUGCCCCAGCGGCUGCGGGAAGCCUCCGCCUCGCGCCCCGCCCGUGGUGCUGGUGCCGCUGGCGGCGGUGGCGGCAGUGGCGGCCCCACUGCCUCCCUGCUGCCCACGGACGGCCGCCGCUCUUCGGACAGCGACGUAUCGGCGUAUGGAGCAGCGGCUGCGACGACAGCGGGCGGCGGGGCGGCGGGCGGCGAGGAGGGUCGGCGGCGGCCCAUCCUGCGGUCGAGGUCUGACGUGACCCACGAGCGGGGCCGCUGGGAGGAAGAGACGCUACCGCUGCCGCCGCUGGAUCUGGAGGCGUUCUUCGAGACGCUGGGCCUGGACCCCGCCACAUACCGCCAGCUGACGGCGCCGCCCUCCUCCCCGCCUCACUCCGCGCCUGUCUACUUCGAGGAGGUGUCCUCUGAAGAGUCGGGGCCGCUGGUGGGGCGGCGGGGCAGCUCAGACUCAGACGAGGGACGGGGCAUCUCGGGGCCUGGUCCUGGCCCGCCCCUGCCCCUGCGGGGAACCGGGGAGCCCUCCAUCGUGGAGAAGAAUGCGCGGGUCAUCAAGUGGCUGUUCAACUGCCAGAAGGCGCAGGGCACCUACGUGUGCCGCGUCGCCUCCAACAAGAGUUAGCCGC